ACAGAAGAAGAAGAUUGCUGGUAUAUUGGAGCACCACGGAAGAUUUUAGCAGUCGUACGGUGUCAGAAUAUUACUUCCGGUUCCGGUUGUUGAAGUUAAAGCACUGUAGCCGCACCACGGUCUUCAGACGAGUGGAACAGAAAAACUGCAUCAAAAUGGAUGGUGAAGAAAGGACCUAUGGUGGCUGUGAAGGACCUGAAGCCAUGUAUGUGAAGUUGAUUUCUUCAGAUGGCCAUGAGUUCAUUGUGAAAAGAGAACACGCUCUGACAUCCGGGACUAUCAAGGCUAUGCUGAGUGGUCCAGGUCAGUUUGCUGAGAAUGAAACUAACGAAGUCAACUUCAGAGAGAUUCCCUCUCAUGUCCUCUCCAAAGUCUGCAUGUACUUCACCUACAAGGUCCGUUACACCAAUAGUUCUACAGAAAUCCCUGAAUUCCCCAUCGCUCCAGAGAUUGCACUGGAAUUGCUCAUGGCGGCUAACUUCCUGGAUUGCUAAAGUUGCUCUGGAUUGCUCAAUUGCAGUAGCCUAUAACACUUUUAGAGGGUUUUUGACUAUUUAACUUGUGUUGCCGUAAAAGAAACCACAUAAAACAUGUUGUUUUUGCAUCAGAAUAUCAGUCAUUGUUGUUUGUAUUAAAGGAUUUUGUUUUAAUGUAUGAAUAAUGGAAGGCUGCAUUGUUCCCCCCCCCACCCGGAAUGUGACAGACGGUUGCUUCUCUUGGAAUGUCACAGAAGCGUCACUUCUACGAGUAUCUUCCCUGCCUCCAGUCUUAUUAAAGACCUGUUAGAAUUGA